CCUGGAACCCAGGGCCUUUCGUGAUCGCCAGCAGCGCCCGGUUCCCUACGUUUGAGAGCCGCCCGGGCGCGCCUGGGCGCCAACUUCACGGAGACCCUCGCUCCGCGCCCCCUCGGUUCCCCCAGUCCGUCUCCCGGACUCGCCCAGGUCCAGACGAAGUCAUACGGAAGCGUCUCCUGAUUGAUGGAGAUGGUGCUGGAGAUGACCGGAGAAUUAAUCUGCUAGUAAAGAGUUUCAUUAAAUGGUGUAACUCUGGAUCCCAGGAAGAGGGAUACAGCCAGUAUCAACGAAUGCUGAGCACACUGUCACAAUGUGAAUUUUCAAUGGGCAAAACCUUGUUGGUAUAUGAUAUGAAUCUCAGAGAAAUGGAAAAUUAUGAAAAAAUUUACAAAGAAAUAGAAUGUAGCAUCACUGGAGCACAUGAAAAGAUUGCAGAGUGCAAAAAGCAAAUUCUUCAAGCAAAAAGAAUACGAAAAAAUCGCCAAGAAUAUGAUGCUUUGGCAAAAGUGAUCCAGCAUCAUCCAGACAGGCAUGAGACAUUAAAGGAACUAGAGGCUCUGGGAAAAGAAUUGGAGCAUCUUUCACAUAUUAAAGAAAGCGUUGAAGAUAAGCUGGAAUUGAGACGGAAACAGUUUCACGUUCUUCUUAGCACCAUCCAUGAACUUCAGCAAACACUGGAAAAUGAUGAAAAGCUCUCAGAGGUGGAGGAAGCUCAAGAGACAAGCAUGGAAACAAAUCCUAAGCCAUAGAUCAGGCUGAAUGCUCACCAUUUACAAGAACAUUGAAAUAGCUACAUGGUCCUAGAGUGUUUAGAAUUUAUCAUGCUUUUGAGAUAUUUAAAGAUAUUUCUGCAGUGAAAUACUUUACUUCUAAAUAUUAAUGCACAUUUCAUUCAUAUUUCUUCACACAAACGGAGGUGUCUUUGGUAUAGAUUUGGUUUUAUUAAAAUGUUUUUUUAAUUCCUAAACUUUGAAGGUGGGAAGCAGUACUCCAAAAAUGUUUAAUAAAAUGUUUUCAAGCAAGAUA